UCUUCACAUAUUCAUACAAACCACCACCAAGCUCAACGGAUAUUCAACAAGUUCAGAAACCCUAGCUACAUGGAGUUCUUCAACAAAGCUAAAGCGGUAAGACUUCGCAGCCACCUCGGCAAGUACCUCACCGCCAAUGACGACGAACACACUGUCUGGCAGAGCCGCAACGGUGCCUCUUGGGAAGCUCGUUGGACUGUAGAGUUUGUUUCAGGUGACAGCCACCUGAUUCGCUUGAAAAGCUUAUACAACAAGUACCUCACAGCCUCAAAUGAACCAUUCUUGCUCGGAUGGACAGGUAAGAAAAUCUUGCAGACAACUCCAACUUCAGAGAGGGAUUUUUGCAUCGAAUGGGAGCCGAUUACCGACGGGUUUCACGUUAAGUUGCAAACGCGAUAUGGGAAGUUCUUGAGAGCGAACGGAGGCACGCCGCCAUGGAGAAACUCGGUUACACAUGAUGUUCCCAAUACAACUGCAACGCAAGAUUGGGUUCUUUGGGACGUUGAUGUGGUGGAAAUAUUACUGGAUUUUCAUUCUUUAUUAGAUUGUGAUACUACUACUAAUGCUUCUAGUCAUCGGAGUUUUUCUUCGAACUCGAAUUCGUGUUCACAGGUUUUUACAGAUUCGGAAAACGGAUCACCGGCAAGAAGUUUAGUUAAAAGAGAGUCUGCCAUGGAAAUCUUCCAGAAAGCAAGAGCGGUUCGUUUCAAGAGCCACCACGACAAGUACUUGUUAGCUGACGAAGAUGAAGAACACGUUUGCCAGGACCGUAAUGGCGCCUGCCAGAAUGCGAAAUGGAAAGUGGAGAUUGUUCCGAACGUAAACGUUGUACGUUUAAAAAGCUGUUAUGGGAAAUAUUUAACAGCUUCAAACAUGCCGUUUUUACUCGGAGUCACCGGGCAGAAAGUCUUGCAAACUCUUCCGAGAAGAUUGGAUUCGUCUCUCGAAUGGGAACCCAUUCGGGAAGGCGUCCAUGUUAAGCUGAAGACGCGGUAUGGCCAUUAUUUGAGGGCAAACGGCGGCGUACCACCGUGGAGAAACUCAGUCACGCAUGACAUUCCACAUAGAACUGCCACACAAGAAUGGGUUAUAUGGGAUGUAGAUGUGUUAGAGAUUCAGAAACCAGCUACGAUUCUUCGGUCGCCGACCCCGCCGCCACAGGCAACGCGUCCAGUUAAAAUUCUUGAGAAGAAUGCACCAUCUGAAACCAUUUCUCCUACCGCCUAUUGGCUAAAGUCUCCAACAAUCGAGACUAUUAAUUUAUUUGCAACUUCACCAUUGAAAGCUGAGGGAAGACAUAUUAUUUAUGACUUAACUGAUGAAAAUGGCAAUGUUGAUGAAUCAAAGAGAGAACUUCAUUUCACAUUUAAGGGAAUUGGGCUGGAGGAAUUGAAACAAUCUAUAAAAGAAGAGACAGGGUUGGAUGAUAUCGUCGUUUGUUCGCGAAAUCCAUUGAAUGGGAAGCUGUAUCCUCUCAAGUUACAUCUUCCUCCAAAUAAUGUCACCAUGCAUGUUGUUGUGGUUCCUUCAACAGCUGAAGUGGCAAAGGAUCUCAAGUAGAUAGCCAGCUGGGGAUCUUCAGCUAGCAUAGUAUUAAUUUGUAACAUAUGAUGUAUGUUUGUUUGGGUUUCAUCUUGCUUUUGCAUGGCAUUAGAGAAAUAGAAUGA